ACCGUUGACAAUAAGCAUAUAUAAGAAAUCUCUUCUCUCUUCUCUUCCCUCUUUCUCCCUCCACGGUUUAUUCCUUCCCUCUGCGCCACACAAACUAGUACCCUCCCCCGGUAUAUAAGACUGCUUCUUCCGUUGCUGCUUUUAUAUCACCUACACUUACCAUGAGCUCCAACAACAUGCUCAUUUUGGCUGGUCCAAGUGCCUUGUCCAAGUUCAGAAUCAACACUUUGAUUGCUGACAUCAAUGCCGCCGCUAUGCAGGAAGUUGUGACCGCUGUUCGUUCCGGUUACACCCACUACGUUGACAUCAAGAGUGAGAUCUCAGCCGAGGACGCUAAAUUGGUGGAGACGCUUUUGGUCUACGACUCACCAGUUGACACCAAAGAUACUUUAACCCAGCAGUUGCUCGCCGCCUCGACCUCCACCGAAGUUAUCGCCCUCCUAGCUGACUCCUACGUCGUCAGAAUCUUGCCUAGACCGGGCACUAUCUCUCCCUGGUCCUCCAAGGCCACCAAUAUCUCCGAUGUCUGUGGUUUGAGCAGCAAGAUCGAGAGAAUCGAAAGAGGUGUGUCUCUCUUGAUCCAGGUUGUUGCUGGCUUUGACUUUGCCGCUUUCGUGGCCCGGAACCCUAAUUGUUUGGUUUCCGUCUACGACAGAAUGACCCAGGAAGUGUACGCUGGUGCUCACAUCCCGCAGUAUAACGACCUCUUUGCGCAUCACUCGCCUAAACCAUUGGUCUCCAUUGAUCUCCUUGCCUCCAAGGACAACUUGAUCCAGGCUAACAAGGAGAUGGGCCUUGCUUUGGACCAGGGUGAGGUCGACUACCUCAUUACCGCCUUCACCGAGACCGUCGGCAGAAACCCAACCGACGUGGAGUUGUUCAUGUUUGCGCAGGUCAACUCCGAACAUUGCCGCCACAAGAUCUUCAACGCCGACUGGACCAUUGAUCAGGAAAAAAAGGAAAACACGCUCUUUCUGAUGAUAAGAAAUACCCAUAAGUUGAACCCACAGUACACUGUUUCGGCGUACUCGGACAAUGCGGCCGUCUUCGAAGGCUCCGAUGCCUACUUUUUUACCCCAGAGCUCAAGUCCAAGGUCUGGACCGCGGUCAAAGAGAGAGUCGAGUGCUUGAUUAAGGUCGAAACCCAUAAUCAUCCGACCGCUGUGUCGCCGUUCCCGGGUGCCGCCACCGGCUCUGGUGGUGAGAUCAGAGAUGAGGGUGCCGUUGGUCGUGGUUCCAAGUCCAAGUGUGGCCUUUCGGGGUUCUCUGUUUCUGAUUUGUCCAUCCCAGCAUUGCCGCAGCCGUGGGAGUUGAACGUGGGCAAGCCAGGACACAUUGCCUCUGCCUUGGACAUCAUGUUGGAGGCUCCUAUCGGUUCCGCCGCCUUCAACAAUGAGUUUGGAAGGCCGUGCAUUAACGGGUACUUUAGAACCUUAACAACCACCGUCACCAACCACAAGGGCGAGGAAGAGGUCAGAGGGUUCCAUAAGCCAAUCAUGUUGGCUGGUGGUAUGGGUGCCAUCAGACCAGACCUCGCCUUGAAGAACUUCAAGAUCACCCCUGGUGCCGCCAUCAUUGUGCUUGGUGGUCAGUGUAUGCUAAUCGGCCUCGGUGGUGGUGCAGCCUCCUCCAUCACCUCCGGUGAGGGCUCCGCCGCCUUGGACUUUGCCUCCGUUCAGAGAGGUAACCCGGAGAUGCAGAGAAGAGCCCAACAGGUUAUCGACGCCUGUGUCUCGUUGGGUUUGAACACCCCAAUCCAGUCUAUCCACGAUGUCGGUGCCGGUGGUUUGUCCAACGCCUUGCCGGAGUUGGUCCACGACAACGAUCUUGGGGCAGUGUUUGAGCUCCGCGACAUUCUUUCGUUAGAGCCGGGCAUGUCACCAAUGGAAAUCUGGUGCAAUGAGUCCCAGGAAAGAUAUGUCAUGGGUGUUGCUCCGGAGAACUUGGAGUUGUUCAAGUCCAUCUGUGAGAGAGAAAGAGCGCCAUUUGCCGUGGUUGGGCAUGCAACCGAGGAGAAGCGUUUGGUACUUAACGACAGCUUGUUGGGUACCAAGCCAAUCGACUUGGACAUGUCCGUGUUGUUUGGUAAGCCUCCAAAGAUGUCCAGGGCUGCGCUCACCCAGCCGUUGCAGUUGCAGCCGUUCACCACCGCCGACUUGAACCUCUCUGAGGCGGUCAACAGAGUGAUGCAGCUUCCAUCUGUCGGUUCUAAAUCGUUCUUGAUCACAAUCGGUGACAGAACCGUGACCGGGUUGAUUGACAGAGACCAGAUGGUCGGGCCAUGGCAGGUGCCAGUGGCUGACGUCGGUGUGACUGCCACUUCCUUGGGUGAUACCAUCAUCCAGACCGGUGAGGCGCUCGCCAUGGGUGAAAAGCCGACCUUAGCCUUGAUCUCCGCCGCUGCCUCGGCCAAGAUGUGUGUUGCCGAGUCGUUGCUCAAUGUGUUUGCUGCCGAUAUCAGAGCUUUGGACAGAGUCAAGUUGUCUGCCAACUGGAUGUCUGCCGCCUCCCACGAUGGUGAGGGCGCCGCUUUAUAUGAAGCCGUGCAGGCCAUCGGAUUGGACUUGUGUCCAGCCUUGGGCGUCUCCAUCCCAGUUGGAAAGGACUCCAUGUCCAUGAAGAUGAAGUGGGACGACAAGGAGGUUGUUGCGCCAUUGUCUUUGAUUGUUACCGCCUUCGCGCCAGUCGACAAUACCUCCAACACUUGGACCCCGCAGAUUCAGAGAACCGAACAAGCCUCUGUCUUGGUGCUCGUGGACCUCGCUGCCACCGUGGCAAAGUCUCUUGGCGGCUCCGCGCUUGCCCAGGUCUACAACGCCGUCGGUAACUCCGCCCCAACCGUCCACUGCAACGAGACCCUCAAGAACUUCCUCCUCGCGUUGAUCCACUUGCACAAGACCUUUGACGUCUUGGCGUACCAUGACCGCUCUGAGGGUGGUUUGAUCACCACGUUGGUCGAAAUGGCCUUUGCCGGUAGAACCGGUUUGGACAUCAAUCUCAACUCUGCUGACGACGUGUUCACCUCCUUGUUCAACGAAGAGUUGGGUGCCGUCUUCCAGAUCUACGAAAGUGACUACCAGAAGUUUGUCGACACGAUGGGCCAAUUCAGCAUUACCUCAGAGUUUGUGUCUGUGGUUGCUAGGCCUACCGUCGUACAGGCUAUCAACGUGGUGUACAACGGUGAGGCCGUAUACUCCAACACCAGAAGCCAGUUACAGCAAACGUGGACCCAGACCUCAUACCAGAUCCAGAGAAUGAGAGACAACCCAGCCUCUGCUGACGAAGAGUUUGCUACCAUAUUGGAGGACGCCAACGUGGGUUUGUCGUACCAGUUGACUUACACGCCAACCACCAGCAUUCCUGCGGCCUUGUCCGCCAAGCCAAAGGUUGCCAUCUUGAGAGAGCAAGGUGUUAACGGGCAGAUGGAGAUGGCCUGGUCCUUCCAACAGGCCGGGUUCACCGCCGUCGACGUGCAUAUGACUGAUAUUAUCAGCGGCAGAGUCACCUUGGACGACUUUGUGGGCUUCGCCGCCUGUGGUGGUUUCUCCUACGGUGACGUCUUGGGUGCCGCCAAUGGGUGGGCCAAGUCUGUCUUGUACAAUUCUAACGCCAGAGAGGAGUUCAGACGCUUCUUCAACGACAGAAAGGACACCUUUGCCUUUGGUGCCUGUAACGGGUGUCAGUUCUUAUCCCGUAUCGCAGAGGUUAUCCCCGGUACCGAGAACUGGCCAACCUUCGAACGCAACCAGAGUGAGCAGUACGAGGCCAGAGUCUCUAUGGUUGAGAUUAAUGAUGACACCACCGAGGAAGGUAACCAGUCCAUCUUCUUGCAGGGUAUGAAGGGUUCUAAGUUACCGAUCACCGUGGCUCACGGUGAGGGUCAAGCCACCUUCACCUCUGCCGACCAGUUGGCUAAGUUCACCGCCUCUGGCUUGAUCGCUGUCAGAUUCGUCGACAACGCCGGCAAGCCAACCGGUCAGUAUCCAUACAACCCUAACGGUUCCCCAUACGGAAUCACCGGUAUCAAGACUCCAAACGGUAGAGUCUUGGCCAUGAUGCCGCAUCCGGAGAGAGUCACUAGAUUGGAAGCCAACUCAUGGUAUCCAGCCGAGCAAACCACUGCCUGGGAAGGCUAUGGACCGUGGAUCAACCUCUUCCGCAACGCCAGACAAUGGGUCGGAGCUUAAAAUUUAUUUCUGUCAUGUGUUUUAUUUGAUGUAUAUUCGUGUAUCAUAGACUGUAGACGGCCCAGGCUGGGCGGUGAGAAAUAUCAAACUUGAAGAAGAAAAAGUACGUCCUUAUACUAGCUUUUGGCUGGCAAAC